GGAAGUGUGAAUCAUAUGAUGACACGUAAGGUGGGAGGGAAGUAAGAAGGCCGACUUGUACACAUUCACUCUUCACUUCGGAAAACAGAGGCUUGGGAUCCAAGAUGACAGACUCCAAAUAUUUCACCACUACCAAGAAAGGGGAGAUCUUUGAGCUGAAGGCUGAGCUGAACAGUGAUAAGAAAGAGAAGAAGAAAGAGGCCGUGAAGAAAGUCAUUGCCUCUAUGACUGUGGGAAAAGAUGUCAGUGCUUUGUUUCCCGAUGUGGUAAACUGCAUGCAGACGGAUAAUCUGGAACUGAAGAAACUGGUCUAUCUGUACUUAAUGAAUUAUGCAAAGAGUCAGCCAGACAUGGCCAUUAUGGCAGUCAACACCUUUGUAAAGGACUGUGAAGACCCAAACCCUCUGAUCCGUGCAUUGGCUGUGCGCACCAUGGGCUGCAUCCGAGUGGACAAGAUUACAGAAUAUCUGUGUGAACCCCUGAGGAAGUGUUUGAAGGACGAAGACCCUUAUGUGAGGAAGACCGCUGCAGUUUGUGUGGCCAAGCUCCAUGAUAUCAAUGCCCAACUGGUAGAAGACCAGGGCUUCCUGGACACCCUGAAGGACCUGAUCUCUGACUCCAACCCCAUGGUUGUAGCAAAUGCGGUUGCGGCACUAUCUGAGAUAGCAGAGUCUCAUCCUAACAGCAACCUGCUGGACCUGAACCCUCAGACCAUUAACAAGCUUUUGACAGCCCUUAAUGAAUGCACAGAGUGGGGUCAGAUCUUCAUCCUUGACUGCCUGGCCAACUACACGCCCCGUGAUGAUAGAGAGUCACAGAGUAUCUGCGAGCGUGUAACGCCUCGGCUGUCCCAUGCUAACUCUGCUGUGGUGCUGUCCGCCGUGAAGGUUCUGAUGAAGUUUAUGGAGAUGCUUCCUAAAGAUCUGGACUAUUACGGCACUCUGUUAAAAAAACUUGCCCCUCCUUUGGUCACACUGCUGUCAGCUGAGCCUGAACUGCAAUAUGUCGCCCUCAGGAACAUUAACCUCAUCGUACAGAAACGCCCUGAAAUUCUAAAGCAUGAAAUGAAAGUUUUCUUUGUGAAAUACAAUGACCCGAUCUAUGUCAAACUGGAGAAACUGGACAUCAUGAUCCGCCUGGCGUCUCAGGCCAACAUCGCUCAGGUCCUUGCUGAGCUGAAGGAAUACGCCACUGAGGUGGAUGUAGACUUUGUGCGCAAGGCUGUACGAGCCAUCGGCCGCUGUGCAAUUAAAGUAGAGCAAUCAGCAGAGCGUUGUGUCAGCACACUGCUUGACCUCAUUCAGACCAAGGUUAACUAUGUGGUGCAGGAAGCUAUCGUGGUCAUCAAGGACAUUUUCCGCAAGUACCCCAACAAGUAUGAGAGCGUGAUCGCCACCCUGUGUGAGAACCUGGACUCUUUGGAUGAGCCUGAGGCUCGGGCAGCCAUGAUCUGGAUUGUGGGAGAGUACGCUGAGAGAAUCGACAAUGCCGACGAGCUGCUGGAAAGCUUCCUGGAAGGUUUCCAUGAUGAGAGCACACAGGUCCAGCUGCAGUUGCUGACAGCCAUUGUAAAGCUGUUCCUGAAGAAGCCCACUGAGACCCAGGAGCUGGUGCAACAAGUGCUGAGUCUUGCGACACAGGAUUCUGAUAAUCCUGACCUGCGUGAUCGUGGCUACAUCUACUGGCGUCUGCUCUCCACAGACCCUGUGGCGGCUAAAGAGGUUGUUUUGGCCGAGAAGCCUCUGAUCUCAGAGGAGACGGACCUGAUUGAGCCCACCUUGCUUGAGGAGCUCAUCUGCCACAUCGGUACUCUGGCCUCUGUCUAUCACAAACCCCCCAGUGCCUUUGUGGAGGGCAGUCGUGGUGUUCAGCACAAGAAAAUUCCUGCACGUGCUGGCUCUGGGGAGAGUGCAGAGAGUCCAGAUGUCGGCCAGUCUGGAUCUGCUGAAGCGCCACCUGCUGUCAUUCCAUCACAAGGUGAUCUCCUAGGUGAUCUGCUGAACUUGGAUCUGGCCCCGCCCACUGCCACUAUUCCUUCAGUUCAGCCCUCUAUGCAGAUGGGAGCCAUGGACCUCCUGGGAGGAGGUCUAGAUAGUUUGAUGGGCGAUGAAUCAGAUACGCUGGGAGACAUCGGAGGAAGUCCUUCGAUGGGUGCAGGUCUGGGGGUGGCCCCAGCAGUCAUGCCUUCCGCUCUGGGCAGCACUCCUGCUGUCGGAGGUGGAUUAGGAGACCUAUUUGAUCUGGGUGGAGGUGUUGGAAUGCCAAGUGGAUCCUACGUUCCUCCUAAAGCAAUGUGGUUACCAGCAAUGAAGGCUAAAGGACUGGAGAUUUCUGGGACGUUUGCCCGGCGUGGUGGGGUCAUUCAGAUGGAUUUGUCUCUUACCAACAAAGCGAUGAGCGUUAUGACUGACUUUGCCAUACAGUUCAACAGGAACAGUUUUGGUCUAGCACCUGCUGGCCCUCUGCAGGUUCUCACUCCCCUGAGCCCCAAUCAAACUAUUGACGUCAGCCUGCCUCUUAGUACAAGCGGCCCUGUCAUGAAAAUGGAGCCUCUCAACAAUCUGCAGGUAGCUGUAAAGAACAACAUUGACGUAUUCUACUUCAGCUGCCAGUAUCCCCUCAGCCUGCUAUUCGUUGAGGAUGGAAAGAUGGACCGUCAGGUGUUCCUGGCCACCUGGAAGGACAUUCCAAAUGAAAACGAGUCACAGUUCCAAAUCAAAGACAUCCACCUUAACUCAGACGCAGCCAGCAACAAGCUCCAGGGCAGUAAUAUCUUCACCAUAGCCAAGAGAACAGUAGACGGGCAGGACAUGCUGUACCAGUCUGUCAAACUCACCAACGGCAUCUGGCUGCUGGCCGAACUGCGCAUGCAGACCGGCAACCCUAACUAUACGCUGUCAGUAAGGUGCAGAGCACCGGAUGUGUCUCAGUUUGUGUACCAGUGCUAUGAAUUGGUGCUGAAGAACUGAAAUGGAUGGGAAACCGAAGAGGAUGCCACAGCUACUGGGCAUUGUUUGGGUGACUGAAACAGGACGAAUGGCACCUAAAUUUGAUUGGACCAAUUACGAGAAUCACACUAUCUUGCGUUACCCUCAGACUAUGCUUUGCCCGUUGAUUGGCUCAUUCUUUAUCAUUUUGUCCAUUUCCAACAUCUCUCUUUCCUCCUGUUCCCAUUUUCCGGUUCCAUCUAUAAAGCUAUAAAAACACUCUCUACUAAGAUAUAAAAUUCUCUAAAUUAUAAAAAUAUCUUCUUUAUUAAAAGUAUGUGCAGGUGUUUUUCUGUCUGCCUGUACUAUGUAAUUCAUUUGCUGUGUAUUUUAACACUUUUUCAUAGAGGGCAAACAUAUUGUGCAGAGAAUCAAAGCCGUGUUAAAGCUGUAGACCUGUUUGAUUUCAUCUUUCAUCCAGUGGCAUGAGGGUGCUUUGAGGGUGCAGUAGUUGAAGCUGCUCUUAUGAGAAAAAAAUGCAACUGUUUUUAUUUGGCUUUCAUAUUUAGAGCAUGGGUCUCAAACAGUUCAGCUCUUCAUUUAUUUAUUUUGUUUUUUUAGUGAAAACCUUCUUAUCCCCUUGUCUUGGGUGUAUCUCCAUUUCUUUAAGGGAGCGCUGUGUGUUUCUCCAGAAGCACUACAUUGUUGCUGAGUAGAUACCUCUGUCUGGUUUCAGUCAUGUUUUGGUAUUCAGCUGGGUUAAUAUUAUUUUCUAGCCAUUUUGUGUGCCGUGUGUCUGUUUUGGGUUUUUUGUGUGUAAUAUAACAUUUCUGCAUGUUUUGUUUCCUCUUCUGUCCUCCCUCAUUCCAUGUUUAAGAGCGUGUAUGCGUAUGCAGAGGAAAGAUCUUGUACACUUUACAAUGUCAUUACUUCUCAUUCAUGAUAUAGAUGUGUGAAUUAAACUGCCUGUCCAUGAUGAAAUUUCUUUUAAAACCAUGUUUUUUUCCUAAACUGAAUUUAAGGUUAGCAGCUUUGGGUUUGUAAGAACUCUCAACUGUAAUAUAAAAUACAGACCACCAGACAAAACACUGCUGAUCUGAGACAUAGUACAUUGUGUGUGUGUACAUGUAGAUUUUCUUGAAUUAUAUUGAUUAUUGUUUUACUUUUAAUCGGAUAUUUGUUCUUUCAUUUAUUCUGUAUCUCUGUGAUUAGUCAUGGGGUGUCUACAAUGAAAUGUCCAGCAAAGGAGAAACUUGCUUUUUGUUGGUUUUUGUCAUGAUUACAUCAUCUGAUAAAGAAAUUAAACAAGUCUAUUAUCUACUGUU